UGUGCACUGUAUACUGAGUGCAUCUGCAACUCUGAAGAGCAAGGCAGCUUGACCUGGCAUUGACUCAGGCGCCCUUAAGUCAUCCCACAGCCCUUUAGACCCCACCUUCACUGUCCCCUUUGAUACUUUUGGGUCUCUGGGCCAUGGCAUCGCCUGCCCUUUGGGAAAGCUUGAACAAGGGAAAAUAAUGAAACAAAUUAAUUUGGAAGGGAGGGGGCUAGAGACCCCACUGGAUGUUGCGGGUGGAGACCUUAAGAUCAUUAGCAAAACACCAGCCCUAACACCCUCCGGGAGGCUGAGCCUGGAAAAAUCAGCUCGCGUUCCCAAGAGCUCAGGAGAGGAUCUCAGCGUAGACAGGCUGUCGUGCCUACCGGGAGGGUGGGAGCCGGGAUUACCCCAGCUCCUUGGCGCGUUUCCUCCGAGCUGGAGGAGGCCGAGGGUGGACCCCGGAGCCGUUGCCCAAGGCGAGGCGCCCGAGCGCCGGCGCGGGGAGACCGGAGGUGGGACGCGGCCGGCUGCGCCUUGCAGGCCAGAGGCAACGGGUGCGGAGCGCGCACGGCCCCUGAGCGCCGGCGCCUUCAGCAUGGAGUGGGAGCUCAACUUUCUGCUCUACCUGGCGCUCUUCUUCUUUCUGCUCUUCUUACUUUUCCUGCUGCUCUUCGUAGUCAUCAAGCAGCUGAAGAACUCCGUGGCCAGCACUGCCGGGGCGCUCCAGCCCGGGCGCCUCUCGCUGCACCGGGAGCCUUGGGGCUUCUCCCACGACCAAGGGGUGUGACCGGCGCCGCGCGGACACUGGCAGGAGGGCAUGGAGCUGUGCGGGCACCGGGCUGGGUCUCGGCCUCGAUUCUCUGGCCGCCCGGGUUCGAGGGCCAGGCUCGGCUGCCUCGCUGGCAGAUGCUUUUUCCUCGGUUUAUGCCGUCUCAAGUUCUGUAGCCGAGCUGCUGCUCUGGGCUGGGGUGUGGAGGACCGCGGAUGCAGUUACAGCCGGGUAACCGGGCUGGAAACACCAGAGACGGACGUUUUCUGCGAUGCAGUGCCACUGGUGUCCAGAGGUUUAAAUCACCCCUGACUCUUCUAGACAGGAGACUAUAGAGAACUCAGGGUGAGUAGUUUGCUGCCAUCCCAGUAUUAAGCCAAUCUCUUUGCUGGUUCUACUGACUCAGUUUCCUACGGAAAGAGUGGUUGCCUUUCUCUCUUGUGGCCAGUUCCAUUUUAUAACCUCCUCAGAAUCUAAUUCAUUAACUACUAAGUUCCCAUUUAUCCAGGCAAAAAUGAAUAUUUAUUCCUAUUACCCAAUCUCUGCCUGGAACUUGGCCCUAAAAUCUGGGAAUUAAGAAUUCUCACAUUUGCUCUCAGAACUUCCUGCUGUUGAUCUCCUGCUUUGCGCUUGCUUUGUUAGAGGUCUUGCUUUUGAAACUUUGACUUCUCUACAUGAGCUGCCCUGUUCCAUUCAUUUAUUCAAUCAUCAUUUUUAAGAACGCAACAUAGAUCGAUCUCUCACAUUAGAACUACUUUUGAACUCAAAUUUUGUGCUACCUGUAUACAUUUUUAAUCUAGCGCUCUGACGCCCACAAUGGCCUAGGUGCCAGGCUUGUACAUAUUGGCUGCUCCAUCCACUGACCACACCCUGGUCCUGACAAUCACUCCACCAAGUCUGUUUUUGAAGGCAGUGUACAUAUGAGCUAGGCAUUAAAACAUUUUGAAAAGUCAGGAACAUUUAAAAUAACUGCUCAUUAUAUAAGUGUAGCUUGAUUAUAGAAAAUUGCUAUAUUUUAUUUUCAAUAUGAGGUUUUUAGUGACUCUUCAGCAAUGUUAGAAACUGAGUUGAAUUUCUUACAUUAUAAGGAAAUGGGCCAUAAUUCGAUUGUUAUAUAAUAUUAGUAUUCUGUUUCAACUGUUCUUAUUUCAUUGUUGUUUCUAAAUUUCAGCUGUUUAAAAAGACUUGAAAUCUUAUUAGGAUAAUCUCGAUUGUUUCACGGAUUUCCAAACUUGUAAGUGCAAUGAAUCUGCAGUUCUAUUUGGAAAGAUAACCAUUUUAAGUUGAACGAGAAUGACAUCACAAUCAUACCUGUGAAAUCUAAAAUGUCUAAUAAAGUAGAUUCCUAUGUCUGAACUUCAAUUUUAAGGCACAGCUGUGGAUGCAGGACUGAUGCCAUCUGGUGUGAUUGCACAGAAUAAGAGAGAAAAUUUACCCAGGGUGUGCCAUGCACUGGCUUUUCUGGGAAUGGACAAGGUGCCAGGAUUUGUUUUUGGUUCACUUGCAGGGGUGGAAACUUGGAACUAGAUAAAAAUUUUCUUAUUGGGAAUCAAGGUGGAUUGCUAUCUUGAAAUUACUGGACUGAACAGCGGCUUAAACAAAGUUCCAAGGUGGUUGUUACAGCUCCCCUCAAGAAGAUGGAGGAAACCCAAAGGGAAAACAGAGCACACCAGUUUGAGUCCGCUUCCGUUUAAAGAGCUUUCGGCAGCCGAGCAACUUUUGCUUACAUCUCAUUGGCCAGACUGUGUCAUUGGCUCCUGCUAUGUCUAAGGUUGGCUGAGAAAGGUAGUUCUUGUAGCUGGACAUAUAACUGCCUUCCACAAAAAUCUGAGUUCUCUUGAUAAGGAAGAAGAUAAUGGUGGAUCUUGGGUGAACAACUUGUAGUCUGUGCCCUGGAUACAAAAUACAGUAGUAAAGAAGCAUAAUGCUUGAAACAUGUCAAAACUGUAGCUCCUUCCCAACUGGCAACACUCCAAGCAACACUGCUGCGCUCUGAGAGAGUGAGUAGAGUGAAGACGUGUUAGGUUUUCUCAUGAAACACUUACCAGGACUGCCCUUCUCUCUCAGCCAACAUCCUUGCCCCCAUCAGGCUUUUCUAGAGGAAGAUGCUGGGAACCUGCACACUGUCUUGGAGGACAUAAUCUCUUCAUGGAGGUUUGAAAUGGGAUGAGGAAUGGUCUACCUUGCUACUUCCACAUCUGCUUCAUUUCUCUCUUCUCUGAUUUUCCUGACAAAUUUUUGGUGGAAUCUAGUUGUGUAUUUGAUCCCCAUAAAAAGAUCAUUCCUUUCACGCACCGGGGAGGGUAAUCUAUGUGAAGAAAGGCUACUUUACUCCCUUCUGUAACUCCACCACCAAUCUAGGAAUAUCCUGGAAGAAUUGCUUCUCAGAACUGCUUCCAUAUGCAGCCUACAUCCUGGCUCAGCAAAGGGAGAAGAAACACUUCCCACAUCCAGGGCUGUCCAAAAGAACUUUCUGUGAUGACAGAAAUGUUCUAUAUCUGAACUGUCUUAUAUGGUAGCCACUAGCCACAUG